CAUAACUUUAAUUUUCAUGGAGAAUACUGUGUGGAAAACAGAGUAGCUCUUUCAUUUCUCGUUCGGUUACGCCGGGUUUGACAAUAUAGAUUAUUAUCGCAUAUAUUUUAGUAUCCUGUACACACGUAUUGAAUAUACUUGACGAAACAUAGUCCUUUUGUUUUCUUACAAUACAACAUUUUCUUUGCAACGGGAAAUUCACCAGCAGAGCAAAUUGACGCAUCAAAGGAAAAUAAAGUAUUCCGCGAACCGAGGUUAAACUUGAAACCAGUCACAAAACCCCCUCGACUGCGCUCCGUAACGCGGCACCAACAAGAUCCAACAUCGCUGAAUUCUCUCCCGGGAAGCUGACGGCAUAAAUAUUAGACAGCCUGGUACCAGAAUGUCACAGUUGUUGUCCGCGCUGCUCAGAAAAACGCGAUGGGAAUAAUGCGCUAAAAUGAACGAAAGGAAACGAAACGUUAUUCGAAAACGAUGAUUUCAUCAAACGCACAGUAUCCAAGCAGGGAUAAUAGCCAGGAUGAUCUACUCAUGAGUACGGGAGUUGGAGGAAUAGGCUUUUCCAAUUAUCACGGAUAUUACCACGGGCGGGGCAAUGGUAACGGGCCAAUCCUGACGCGGCUGACCCCGGGGAAGGCAAGGCGACAGGGGUCGCGGGGGCCGGCUUACAUGUUCAGCGCCCGCUCCGGCAGCCUAUCGCUGACCGAGGAGCGUUUCCUGGACGCGGCGGAGUAUGGCAACAUCCCCGUGGUGCGCAAGAUGCUGGAGGAGCUGCCGGAGCUCAACGUCAACUGCGUGGACUACAUGGGCCAGAAUGCACUGCAGCUGGCCGUGGCCAACGAGCACCUGGAGGUGACCGUGCUCCUGCUGAAGAGGGACAACCUGGCGCGGAUCGGCGACGCCCUCCUGCUGGCCAUCAGCAAGGGCUACGUGCGCAUCGCGGAGGCCAUCUUGGCUCACCGCGCCUUCGCCGACCUGCGGAGGCUGACGGCCAGCCCGGGGCAGGCCGCGACCGCUCCGGACGACCACGACGACGACUUCUUCGCCUACGACGAGGACGGCUCACGCUUCUCGCAGGACAUCACGCCCAUACUGCUGGCGGCGCACUGCCACGAGUACGAGAUCGUGCACGCGCUGCUGAGCAGGGGAGCGCGCGUGGAGAGGCCCCACGACUACUUCUGCAAGUGCAGUACCUGCGCCCACCACCAGAGGCACGACGCCUUCAGCCACUCCCGCUCGCGCAUCAACGCCUACAAGGGCCUGGCCAGUCCCGCCUACCUGUCGCUCUCCAGCGAGGACCCCGUCCUGACCGCUCUGGACCUCAGCAACGAGCUGGCCAUACUCGCCAACAUCGAGAAGGAGUUCAAGAACGAUUACAGGAAGCUGUCUAUGCAAUGCAAAGAUUUCGUGGUGGGACUGUUGGACUUGUGUCGGAACACAGAAGAGGUGGAAGCCAUUUUGAACGGCGACUAUGGAUUGAGGGAACGUUCCCGGCUAUUGGACGGAUCACGCCGGCCCUGCCUUACACGCCUAAAACUCGCCAUAAAGUAUGAACUGAAGAAGUUUGUAGCUCAUCCCAACUGCCAGCAGCAGCUUCUGUCCAUCUGGUAUGAGAACCUGUCCGGGCUCCGACAGCAGACCACCGCCGUGAAGAUCCUGGUGGUCCUGGGCGUGGCCAUCGGCCUCCCGGUCCUGGCCGUAGUGUACUGGAUCGCUCCUGGGAGCAAGCUGGGGAGGAUAACGAGCGGGCCCUUUAUGAAAUUUGUGGCCCACGCAGCUUCCUUCAUGAUCUUCCUCAUCCUCCUGGUCAUGAACGCUGCGGACCGGUUCGAGGGAACCAGUCUGCUUCCCCACAUGACGAUCCACGACCACCCCCUGCAGCUGUUCCGCAUGAAGACCACCCCCUUCACCUGGAUGGAGAUCCUAAUUAUUUCCUGGGUCAUAGGGAUGAUCUGGGCGGAAUGCAAAGAGAUCUGGUCCCUGGGCCCUCGAGAGUACCUGCUGGAGCCCUGGAACCUGCUGGACUUCGGAAUGCUGGCCAUCUUUGUGUCGUCCUUCAUCGCCAGAUUCAUGGCCUUCUGGCACGCCCACUCGGCGCAGACCUACGUGAACAAGCAUUACACAGACCUCUCCAACAUAACGCUGCCCUUCCACAUCGAGUACUACCGCCUGGCCCGGAUCAAGUGGGCUCCCUCAGACCCCCAGCUCAUAUCUGAGGGCCUCUACGCCAUCGCUGUGGUCCUGAGUUUCUCACGCAUCGCCUACAUCCUGCCGGCCAACGAGAGCUUCGGGCCGCUGCAGAUCUCCCUGGGGAGGACGGUGAAGGACAUCUUUAAGUUCAUGGUCAUUUUCCUCAUGGUCUUCCUGGCCUUCAUGAUCGGCAUGUUCAACCUCUACUCCUACUACCUGGGAGCCAAGCAGAACAACGCCUUCACCACGGUUGAAGAAAGCUUCAAAACGUUGUUUUGGGCCGUAUUUGGACUGUCUGAAGUGAAAUCGGUUGUCGUAAACAACGGGCACAAGUUUAUUGAGAACAUCGGCUACGUCCUGUACGGCGUUUAUAACGUGACGGUGGUCAUCGUGUUACUCAAUAUGCUUAUAGCCAUGAUAAACAGCUCAUUCCAGGAAAUACAGGACGACGCUGAUGUGGAGUGGAAGUUCGCCAGAGCCAAGCUGUGGUUCUCCUACUUCGAGGAGGGAGGGACACUGCCCGUCCCCUUUAACCUGGUCCCCAGCCCCAAGUCCUUCUGCAGGCUGGCCCAGUGGCUCAGAGACCUGGUCCUGCUGGUGACCCACAGACACGGGGGCGACUGCAGGGGGGACGCCGAGCUCAACGAGCUCGGUCAAAGCAAGGACUCAAGUCCUAGAAAUUCACCUUGUUCAAGUCAUCACCAGAAGAUAAUGAAGCGGCUGAUUAAACGGUACAUCCUCAAAGCACAAGUGGACAGAGAGAGCGAUGAAGUGAACGAAGGUGAGCUGAAGGAGAUCAAGCAGGACAUCUCCAGCCUACGCUACGAGCUCCUGGAGGAGAAGUCCAACAGCAUGGAGGAGCUGGCUGAGCUGGUGCGGAGGCUGGGGGAGAAGGUGCCCUCCGACCCCCAACGGCAGUGAAACCCCCCACCCGGGCCCAGGACGUGCUGACCCAGCCGCGGGAGAUGUCAGAGGAGAUGGAAACACGCGCCUGCACUGCAGGUGUGAAGUCGCACAGAUCACAGGGUGUGCCCGUGCCAAGUUACCCAGCAUCCCCUGGGCCCAGCUGCAUCUGCUUGUUGUGUUGCUACGCUUUCUUGGGAGCAGAGAGGGACGUUGCCCAGACAAUCCUCUGCAAAUGUUUUUGUUUUAAAGCUCCACUGUAAUAAGUGGAACAUUCUCUCUUUAGUCCUGCUGCUAAAUCAUUGUCCAAAUUCACUGCUUUAAUUACUCCCUUGCUCUCCAACUCAGCUAAUGCCUGCUGAGUCUCCUGGUUCAAAAUGGCUGCCAUGCAUCACCCAGGCCAGUGCUAGGCUACUGCUGCUGGUAGCUAAGGUCCGUUUCCUCGUCGAGUGACUUUCGUUGUGAGAUGAAAGGUGGAAUUUAAAAACCCCGAUAGUGCCUUUUCCACAGAAUUCACUAUCAGGCUUCAGACACCUGGCAGUCAGGAAAUGGGCAGUAAGUCAGAUAAAAACGAAUGUUUUAUUAAUAUUUAAAAACCCCAUUAUUAUACAGUGAUGCUCCACUGCCUGUGUCAUUACUGAGUCUUUCCUCUGUGGAUUCUACAGAGCACAGCCUGUCACUCUCACGCACACACGCACGUGCACACAAACUCACACACACACACGCGCACACACACACGCGCGCACACACACGCGCGCACACACACACAAACGCACACAUAAACCCCACACACGCAUGCAUGCACCCACACGCAUGCAUACACACACUGACACACACACAUACACAUACACGCACGCAUGCGCACACACAGCUGAGCUGUGCAAUCGUCACAUUGAUAGGAGCUCGUAUAGGAUAGGAUAUUACGAUAGGAUAGACACGUCUGAUUGGUCAGUAAACUGGCCAAUAUCCCAUUAAACACAAGACCUUUAUAUCCAGAUAAACAUGAUGUUGUAGGCGCUGCGAUCGUCCUCGGAUAUGUGAGAAAAAAACAUUUUUUAAUCACAGUGUCAUGCAACAUCAGCAUACAGAGCGUGUGUCAGGAAACCUGAGAAACAGUUAAGGGUGGGGUGGGGGGUGCCAUAGAGGACAGAUUUUGCAUGUUCUAAAAUAGAACAAUUUAUUCAUAAGAUUGGGUUAUCAGCAGUAAACUAUGAGAGAUUUGCUGAUGUUACACCCAAAAGAAGAGUGAGAGGGUGAUAAUUGUAACAAACGAGUAUUUGGUAAAUGUAAUGUUCUGCCCAAAAGGCUGGAUUCCUCAGGUUUGAGAAACACCAGUAUUCUUAUGGUCAGAAUGACUGUGUGUGUGCCAUGUUUUUCUGCUUGCUUUGUGCAUUUUACAAUCUCCUCCUCUGCUCUAAAACCUUUAAACUGUGCAGAGACCACAAAACGUCUAGACCUGGACACCAGUGCUGAUUUUAUGUGCAAUAAAAAUACAUUUGGCAGAA